AUGGUGUCGCCGUUGGUUUUGGACGGCGGCUUGUCCUCGCUGUUGGAGUUGGAACGCGGACCACUGCACCCGACCUUGUGGUCAGCUGCACUGCUGGUUGCGAGCACUGGAGGACAAGGCAAAGAAGCGGGGGAACGAGCGGGGAAGGAUGGCCACAACAACGACGACGACGACGACGACGACGACGACGACGACGGUACUAGCCAUGUCUUUUCCGACACCAACCAUCGCGCCGUCAUCGACGCCCACCGCGCCUUUCUGGAAGCGGGUGCUGACAUCCUGACGACUGUGAGCUACCAGGGUACAGUAGCGGGCUUCAAGCGCGACAUGGGCUUGUCGGAAGAAGAAGCAAGCCAUGCCAUCGCCCUCAGCGUCACCCUCGCGCGCACCGCCAUCCAUGAGCAUCAACAAGCACAACAACAACAACAACAACAACAGCACAUUGAGCGCGACAAACACUCUUCCUCUUCUUCACAAGCACCACGAACGCUAUCGUCAUCGUGGGCGUCGUCCCGCCAUCUUCUCCUCCAUCCACCACCUCACGGCACUCAGCAGCACCCACAGGAACAACAACACGAACAACAACACGAACAACAACAGGAGCAACAGCCGCGUCCGCUUGUGGCUGCGUCGAUUGGGCCGUAUGGGGCGUUCCUUGCGGACGGAUCGGAGUACAGGGGUGGUUACGAUGCUGAGCGCCUGGCACAGUUCCACCACGAAAAGGCGCUCAUCCUGUGGCGUGCGCGUCCUGACGUACUCGCCUUCGAGACCAUCCCACAGGCCAGCGAGGCCCUGGCCAUCGUGGGCAUGAUGCAGGAGACGCUGCCGGAAGCGCCAUACUGGCUCUCCUUCCAGUGCUGCGAUGCGCACCGCCUGGCGAGCGGAGACGACGUGACAGCGGCCGUUGCAUCCUUAGUCACCGCGUUUGAUGAGCAGCGGGCUGGGUCGCUGAUUGGCAUCGGAGUGAACUGCAUAUCGCCGGCGAUUGCGGCGCCGCUCGUCACCGCCAUUGCCCGCUGUGUUGGGCGCCGUAGACUGCACGUGCUCUGCUACCCGAACAAGGGCGAGGCCUGGGACGCAGACACGCGCACCUGGGGGCCAAUUCCCACUGCCGAUGUUGGUGACGGCGAUGGUGUUGGUGGUUUUGGCAAUGGUGGUGAUGGUGGUGAUGUUGGUGAUGGUGGUGAUGGUGGUGAUGGUGACACAGCGGGGCCAUGUGCACUGACGUCGAGGGCGUGGGUGCGGCGCAUCAAGGCAGCGGGCUGCACCGUUGUUGGCGGCUGUUGUCGCGUCUUUCCAGCAGACUUGGCGCAGAUGGUCCGCUGUGUGAAAGGUGACAUUGAGGGCGGAAACAGGAGGGACAAGGCUGGCGUACACGGAUAG